UCAGACCAUCAUGAAGGCUCGUUUGAAAGGAGCCCAAACAGGUCGUAAUCUCUUAAAGAAAAAAUCUGAUGCUUUGACACUCCGAUUUAGGCAGAUCCUUAAGAAAAUUAUUGAGACUAAAAUGCUGAUGGGUGAGGUGAUGAGAGAAGCUGCCUUUUCACUUGCUGAGGCAAAGUUUACAGCAGGAGAUUUCAGUACCACUGUGAUCCAAAAUGUGAACAAAGCUCAAGUCAAGAUCAGAGCUAAAAAGGACAAUGUAGCAGGUGUAACCUUGCCAGUUUUUGAGCAUUACCAGGAAGGAGGAGACAGCUAUGAGCUGACUGGCUUGGCCAGAGGUGGAGAACAACUGGCUAAGCUGAAGAGGAACUAUGCCAAAGCUGUGGAGCUACUUGUGGAAUUGGCCUCCUUACAGACAUCCUUUGUUACUUUGGAUGAAGCCAUUAAAAUAACAAACAGACGUGUGAACGCAAUUGAACAUGUGAUUAUUCCCAGGAUUGAGCGUACUCUUUCUUAUAUCAUCACAGAACUGGAUGAACGGGAACGAGAGGAAUUCUACAGGUUAAAAAAGAUACAGGAAAAGAAAAAAGUAUUGAAAGAAAAAUCUGAGAAAGAACGGGAGCUGCGGAGGGCUGCUGGUGGGGAACAUGAACCAGCCAAUCUCUUAGCAGAAGAGAAGGAUGAAGACCUUCUCUUUGAGUAACCCUGCACAGCUGUUGGACAUGGAGCAGGGAACCCAGAAUACAGAACGUCCAUUCGCAAUAUAAUUCAGGACAUGUUGCCUCAAUGAUACUUA